CGUGUGCGCGCACGCAUCCAGCGAGUGGCGCUGCUGAAUGAAAGAGAGGCAGUCAGCCAGACAGGAGGCAACCAGACAGGUAGCAGCUGUGUGAGCUCCUCCUCCAAACUCUCGCGCAAUUUGUGCACCAUUUAAAAAAAAAAAAAAAAAAGCACAAGUGGUGGCAAAGUGAAGAAAUGCGUCGUCGCGAUGGCGUUGGACUUGAACGUAACGUAACUCGGAUGCGGUGAACUAUUGUGCAAAGUGUCCGACUGGUGGAUUAUUCCUUUUUUUUUUUUGAUUGGCGAUGAUGACGAUGGCUGUGGCGACGUUGUGCCUGAGCGUCCUGACGCUGGUGCUGUCCAACUUGGAGCCGUCCAGGGGCAGCAACCGGCACGCGGUCUACUGGAACAGCUCCAACCUAUUGUUGCGGCGGGAGGGCUACACAGUGCAGGUAAGCGUCAACGACUACUUGGACAUCUACUGCCCGCAUUACAACACCAGCCUGCGGGGGACGCUGGAGCGCAGCGUGGCCGAGCAAUACAUCCUGUACAUGGUCAGCUACCGCGGCUACCUCACCUGCGACCCGCGGCUGGGCUCCAAGCGCUGGGAGUGCAACCGGCCGCACGCGCCGCACGCGCCCAUCAAGUUCUCCGAGAAGUUCCAGCGCUACAGCGCCUUCUCGCUGGGCUACGAAUUCACCGUGGGACAAGAAUACUUCUACAUAUCCACGCCCACUCAUCACCACCAUGGCCAUAGCUGCUUGAGGAUGAGGGUCUACGUUUGCUGCUCUACCGUGUCUCAUUCGGACGACGACUCCAGCCAGACGGCCAGCGCCUACACGGUGAGGCCGAGCAUCAAAAUACACAACAUUGAUGAGUUUAACCCCGAAGUCCCCAAGUUGGAGAAGAGCGUGAGCGGCAGCAGCCCGUCGCGUGACCGACUCCUGCUUACCGUGGCCGCCAUGCUGCUCGCCAACACCGACCUGCUGUCAUAGCGAGACGGGGCGGGAUGGCGGAUGCACGCCGUGAAAUCCAAAUGAACAGAAAAAUACCCCCCCUCCCUCCCUCCUCCAUCUGUUGUGGUCACGUGACGUUUCAAGCAACACGGAGACCCGCCUUAGCAUCUUUAGACUCGCUCCUGGGAGGAUUAACGGGACGGUGCCGGAUGCAGACGAUUCUUGCACUGGGAUGGAUUAAGUACUGUAUGUUUACAUUUCUAUGGAAUAGUUCCGGAUGCAGACUACAACUUGGACAAAAAUAUGCUAGCUAGCAUCAAGAUGUCUUAAGAAUGUUUUGGAAGGGUGCCGGAUGUGGACGGGAAUGGUGCCGGAUGUAGACAAUGCUAGCAUGGGGUAUGGAAAUCAUUGUAAUGGAAAAAAAAAAAAAGUCGACUUUGUUAGAGGAUAGCGAGCGCUGACGUGAGACCUUUUUGCCUGUUUCCUGCCUUCACAACUCAAGAACACUUUGGAUAAUGGCCCUUGCGUAGCUGUGGUGCAGUAGAUGUGCUUAAAAAUGUUUUGGGUCGCAGAAGAGUCUUUUACGAUUGUCCACCUUGUUUAUUGUCCCUAGACCCCCCCAGCUCAAGACCACCAAGUCCACACUCCACCCCAAUCCUGCCUACAAAGAAGUUAGAAGAGCUACAUUCAGUGUGGCCCUGUAAGCCUCCACUUUGUAGCCGCCUAAGAGAUGCUCGGCCAAUCAGCCCGCUUGGUGGCUAGUUGCCAUGGAAACCAGCCCAUCAUCCAGCCUGAGGAGAUUUGACUUAAUAUUGACUUUGACUGUCAAAAUAAAGCUUCAGAUGUUGUGUGAAUGUGCAGAAAUUAUGAGGGGGUGGGGGCUCUUUUUUUAAACAUCUGAAUUUAUUUAACAUGUAUUAUUUAUUUUUAUUUAUUUUGCAUUGAGCUACUGUGCCAUUUUCUCAACUUGUGGGGAUUUUUACUGCGCAGGCAUCAUCAUUGUGCACUGGGUGCGUGCGUCCACGCUUUUUCCAGUUUUGUGGCACUUAGAAAAUUGUUAAGGAGUUGUUUGUAGGAUCUUAAUAUGCAAACAAAAGAAUGUGCUCUUAUUGAUGGAGUGGGGAGGUAUCAAAAGCAUUUACUAAUGUUUAAAUACAACCGCCAGAAAUGUGUUUACUUUGAAUGACUCUAAAAAAAAAAAUCUGUAAAUGGAUCAAGGAAUGAGCAAAACAAUGACAAUUAAAGUCAUUUUGCAAAUGUGCUUCAA